AUGGCGGCGGGGGGCGAAGGACGGUGGCCAGUGGUGGGAGGCUGCCGGCCGGCCACGGUGGAGGACGGCGGCAGGCGGCAGGAGGCGGUCGACGACGGCCGGCGGCAGGAGGCGGGAGGCGGGAGGCGGGAAGCGGCCGACGGCGGGAGGCAGGAGGCGGCCGACGGCGGGAGGCAGGAGGCGGCCGACGGCGGGAGGCGGCCGACGGUGGGAGGCAGCCGACGGUGGGAGGCGGCCAACGGUGGCAGGAGGCGGCCGAAGGCAAGGGGAUGGCCAACUAGUAGCGAGGGCGAGCGAUGA